AUGGAAACGGUUCCCGUAGACUACGGCAAACGAGUUUACCAAGGAGUGCGGGUCAAGCACACAGUUAAGGAUCUGCUGGCUGAAAAACGUUCAAGACAGACAAGCAACUCUUGGCUGAAUGGCAGCAGCACUGCCACAACUCAGUCAUCAUUUAUCCCAUUGGCAGGUUCCCCUCCUGUCUCUGGUUACUACGGCGUCCGAAGAUCUCUAGUGGCAGAUAUGGAUUUACAAAGCAAUAAGCAUCUCUCUAGCGACGCCUGCACUUCCUCCCUCGUAGCAAAGCCAUUUGCGUAUGAAUCGCCGGCAGCCCAGGGAUAUCCUUCGCUUCUAGACGCCCAUUUCAUUGACCAAUAUGCCGACCCUCGCACUGCAACCGUUACCUCUGGAGCCUCAUCUCUUUUUGGUGCCUCGUCACUGGCGUCCUUCCCAAGUGACUCCGCACAUUUUUUAACUAGAGACUCCUGGGAACAAGCCUUGCCUGACAGCCUUGGCCAAGCGGACGCAUGCCCUCCUGACUCCCUACAAGUGUCUUCCGCCAGCACCGUCUGCCUCUCUUCUCCUGAGCCGGGCAUUUCGUCUCAGUACAGAAAUCCCAGCUGGAAUUCUCCCAUCUCCGGAACUCAGUCCUACUCUUUCCAUGCCCUCGACGAUGUCCACUACGCAACUGGCUACUCUGCCGCCUCCCCUUAUCCUUUCUCGUCCUUUAUGACCACCAUGGCCGGUGACCUGACUCCCAAGAUGCUCCAGGCCGCUUCAGAGGAGUCUCCAGACACAGCUCCUCUCCACAACAAUGGCUCUCUCUGGCCAAAGGAGGACGGGAGCCCUCUUUGGGGCACCUAUGAGUGCCGAAGGACUUACUAA